AGAUCUGAUAUAAGCACUUAGACCUAAUCAAAAUACAAAUAAACCGAGCUCAUUCAGACCCACUUCGCUUGUAGUGUGCAUGAUUUGGUCACUGGUCCGUAAAACUAAUAUCUAUUGUGUGAUCUGAGGUCACAAUUUUACUUACAGUGACACAGCACUAGUGCAUUACUCUUAUUCACUUAUACUCCGGCGGUACAUGUACAAUCUCAGAAUAUAUCGCGCAUCGAACUAUAUAUAAUAUUGAAAUGGAGACUCGUACAUGUCUGCUAGUUCUUCUGUCAGUGUUAUUUACCUGCUUCAUCGCAGCUACAAAUGGUGCAGGAUGCUAUAUACCUGGUUCAUUCAAAGGAAAGCGUUCUGUCAGUACCUAUGCUCGACCUCACAUGAGAGAUGGUGUAAAGGUACCGUCCUCUUGGGACUGGCGUAACGUUGGGGGUCGAAGCUUUGUGAGUGCCACAAGGAACCAACAUAUCCCCACUUAUUGUGGCUCAUGCUGGGCUAUGGGGAGCACUAGUGCAUUGGCUGAUCGUCUGAAUAUCUUACGUAACGGUAGCUGGCCUUCAGCUUACCUGUCCGUCCAGAACGUGAUCGAUUGCGGCGGUGCGGGAUCGUGUAACGGCGGCGAUGACAUCGGCGUAUACAGCUACGCACACAAGAGCGGUAUCCCCGAUGAGACGUGCAAUAACUACCAGGCGAAGAACCAGAACUGUGAUAAGAUGAACCAAUGUGGUACCUGUACACCUGACGGUCAGUGCAGUAUGAUCGCUAAUUAUACAUCCUACAAGGUAGCAGACUACGGUUCUGUCCGCGGCAGGGAGGCUAUGAUGAAGGAGAUCUAUGCCAAAGGACCAAUCAGUUGUGGGAUUGAUGCAACAAGUAAACUUGAGGCAUACACUGGUGGAAUCUACGAAGAGUUCAAGAUAGUAGCAAUAUCGAACCACAUAAUCUCCGUAGCUGGUUGGGGAGUUGAUAACUCAACAGGGACUGAAUACUGGAUUGUGAGGAACUCGUGGGGAGAACCCUGGGGAGAGCAAGGUUGGUUCCGUAUCGUAACUAGCCGAUACAAAGACGGUGAGGGGAACUGGUACAACCUCGCUAUCGAAGGCGAGUGCCGCUACGGAGACCCAAUCGUACCAUGAUCAUCGACCACCACUCACUUCCAUCCCGAUGACGAUUAUUGACACGAAGAGGAAUCACUAUGACGCGUUCACAGGCUCAAAUUAAUAUGCAAACCCAACACUAUAGAAUUCAAAUCGAUUUGGCCUUUUUUUUAAAGGGGGGGGGGGCAGAAUAUACUUAAAGAUACUUGAGUAUAGUUUCAAGAGCAUUGAUAACUUCUUUGGAUUAUGGCUUAUAAGCGCCGACGAUUACUAUGGACAGUAAAAUGUUAAUCCUAUUGCUAAAAGACUAUUGCACCCACACAGGCAUAUCGAAAUUCUAAUAAAGUACAACUCCAGGGGGUGUUUCACAAAAUCCUUAGACGAACUUAACUCUAAGUUGGACUUAAACAAUUUGGAGAGCCAUUUGUAGCCUUAAAAUAAAAUAUAUCCA